CGAAGCUGCGGGGCGGGGGUUCCGGGUCGGGUUCCUCAGGACCGCGAGGGGACGUUCGGCUCCUGGCCGAGACGCGUUCUGUUUUCCGGGGAAGGGAAGCGGCGGAGCCAGCGGUCCCUCCGUAGCUCGGGCCUGAGCCCGCCACGCAGGCGCCCGCGACGCCGCCGCCAUUGUUGCCCGUGGCCUCUUGGUCGCUCGGCCGCGUGUCGGCCGGGUCCCGGCCGCAGAGUCUCUUAUCCCUGCAAGUUCUGGGCUCAGAAUUUGUAGCUAAGGCUGCCAACUCUACCUUGUUCUCUUCUGCCCCUGGCUGCAGCACCCCUUGAUGUAAUGUUGUGGCUGUAGCAUGAGAUUUCAAGCAGUUGGCUCACUACUACUGUUGAAGUAAAAAGAACAUUGCCAGAUUGACUCUCCUGUCUAUAGCAAUGUUAGCCUCAAGGAAAAGGAUGACCAGUUCUUCACGCUCCCAAAUCUUUCUUAUGUGGAAGCCAGACAAGGCUCUGAGUGGACCCCACAAGGUAGAAAAGGAAAUCCUUAUUUCAAGACACUUGCGUGACACUGAGACCUGUCGACAGAAUUUUAGGAAUUUUUCAUACCCGGACCUGGCUGGUCCUCGAAAGGCAUUGAGUCAACUCCGAGAGCUCUGCCUUAAGUGGCUAAGACCUGAGAUUCACUCAAAGGAACAAAUCCUGGAUCUGCUGGUGCUGGAGCAAUUCCUGACCAUCUUGCCUGGGGAGGUUAGGACUUGGGUGAAGUCCCAGUAUCCAGAGAGCAGUGAAGAAGUGGUGACUCUGGUGGAGGAUUUGACUCAGAUUCUAGAAGAGGAAGCUCCUCAGAACUCUGCCCUUCCCCAAGACACCGCAGAGGAAGACUCCAGAGGAAGCCAAGCUUGCCCAGCAUGGUGGCUAAAUGACUUGGUGACCAAAGAGUCAAUGACAUUCAAAGAUGUGGCUGUGGACAUCACCCAGGAGGACUGGGAGCUAAUGCGUCCUGUGCAGAAGGAAUUAUACAAGACUGUGACAUUACAGAACUACUGGAACAUGGUUUCUCUGGGACUUACAGUGUACAGACCAACUGUGAUUCCCUUACUGGAAGAGCCAUGGAUGGUGAUAAAAGAAAUUUUAGAAGGCCCUAGUCCAGAAUGGAAAACUGAAGCCCAUGCAUGUACUCCAGUAGACAAUCUUUCUAAAUUCAGAAAGACUGGAACCCAGACCGUCAAAUUAGAAGAAUCAUAUGACUACGAUGUCAGAUUAGAGAGGCAAACAGCAGAUACCUUCAGGAAAAUUUCCACUAAUGAAAGAAAUUUCAGUUUGAAGUCAGUCCUUUCACAAGAAGAUGAUCCUACAGGAGAGUAUCUUAGUAAAUAUAUAUAUAGGAAUAAUUUUGAAAAGCACUCAAAUCUAAUUGUACAGUUUGAAAGCCAAUCAGAUAAUAAAUCUUCUGUGUACAAUGAAGGCAGCGCAGCAUUCAAUCAUGUCUCGUAUGGUAUUGUACAUGGGAAAAUACUUCCUGGAGAGAAGCCUUAUAAAUGUAAUGUGUGUGGGAAAAAAUUUAGGAAAUACCCAUCUCUCUUGAAACACCAAAGUUCCCAUGCCAAAGAGAAAUCUUAUGAAUGUGAAGAAUGUGGGAAAGAGUUUAGGCAUAUCUCAUCCCUCAUUGCACAUCAGAGAAUGCAUACUGGAGAAAAACCAUAUGAAUGCCACCAGUGUGGUAAAGCCUUCAGCCAGCGUGCACACCUUACUAUACAUCAGAGAAUUCAUACUGGAGAGAAACCCUAUAAGUGUGAUGACUGUGGGAAAGACUUUAGUCAGCGUGCACACCUUACUAUACAUCAAAGGACACAUACUGGAGAGAAACCAUAUAAAUGCUUGGAAUGCGGUAAAACCUUCAGCCAUAGUUCAUCACUGAUUAAUCACCAGAGAGUUCAUACUGGAGAAAAACCUUAUAUAUGCAACGAAUGCGGAAAAACUUUCAGUCAGAGUACACACCUUCUUCAGCAUCAAAAAAUACAUACUGGAAAGAAACCAUAUAAAUGCAAUGAGUGUUGGAAAGUGUUUAGUCAGAGUACUUACCUUAUUCGACAUCAGAGAAUUCAUUCUGGAGAGAAGUGUUAUAAAUGUAAUGAAUGUGGAAAAGCCUUUGCUCAUUCCUCAACUCUUAUUCAACAUCAAACUACCCACACUGGAGAGAAAUCCUAUAUUUGCAAUAUAUGUGGGAAAGCCUUCAGCCAGAGUGCAAACCUUACUCAACAUCAUAGAACACAUACAGGAGAGAAACCAUAUAAAUGCAGUGUGUGUGGGAAAGCAUUCAGCCAGAGUGUGCACCUUACUCAACAUCAGAGGAUUCAUAAUGGAGAAAAACCCUUUAAAUGCAAUAUAUGUGGGAAAGCAUAUAGACAGGGUGCAAAUCUUACUCAGCAUCAAAGGAUCCAUACUGGAGAGAAACCCUAUAAAUGUAACGAAUGUGGGAAAGCUUUUAUUUAUUCCUCAUCACUUAAUCAACAUCAGAGAACUCAUACUGGAGAGAGACCCUAUAAAUGUAAUGAAUGUGAUAAAGAUUUUAGCCAGAGAACAUGCCUUAUUCAACACCAGAGAAUUCACACAGGAGAGAAGCCCUAUGCAUGUCGUAUAUGUGGUAAAAGCUUCACCCAGAGUACAAACCUUAUUCAGCAUCAGCGUGUUCAUACGGGUGCCAAACAUCGUAACUAAUGGGUAUGGGAGACUUCAUUUCGCUUUUACGACUUUAUCGUUUAAAUUUUAUUUUCUGCACUCUGUUAAAACAUUCAAAAGAAAUCCGAAGAAGUGCAAUAUAUGUUAGAUACCACUCAGCAGAAGUAUCAGAAUUAGUAAUAUGGAUAUAACCUAUUUACGUUUAAUGUGAAAUUUGAGAAGAAAACUUUAUUGGCUUCUUAACCUUUGAUAUUGGUUUAAUUUAUUCCAGAAAGAAACCCGAUGAAAGGGUAUUGAGAAACCUGUGA